CAAGCGCAUAUACUCCUCCUUUUUUUGAGUAGCCACUCUUCAGAGAUAAGUCAUUCAGUAGUGUAUAAAAAGCACUUGGACUGCUGAGAGAAGAAAAAAGCUUUAUGCCACGAAGCUGAAAUGGCUGGAGAUUCUCGCUUUAUUUGGUUUCCCAUUCUUCUCUCCUGUGUCUUUCAGGUUUCUGACCACAGACAUGUCCCCGGGGAUGCAAAAAUUGUCGUCCUAAAAAAUCCAGGCGUGGACAACAUCUUUUCAAAGAUCCCAAUAAUCCUUCCAGAUGGAAUUGAUCCCAAGAAUAUAAAUGUGACGUCAAUUACUCUCAAAACAUGUACUGGUGUGGAGGAACGCCUGACUCUGCUUAACAGUCAGCUUCAGCAGAAAACUGUUCGCAACAGGCAACUAGAUAAUGAAGCCUUUGGGUUGAGGAGGGAAGUCAGAAUGCUGAAACUCCAGCUUGCUGCAUGCAGUGCGACAGCUUCGGCUGUUGCUGGCUCUUACCAAACCCAGUUACAAAGCAAAAUGGAACAGCUGCUGCAGAGAUUAGAUGGUGACACAUUUCUGAUUCUCAAAACCAUUGCACUCACCAGGGAUGUGAAUUCCUUGCAGAAGAAGAUCACACUUGCUUCUAAUUCUAUUGAACGUACUACAGAAAUCAGAGUUCUGCAGGGCAAGCUGCAAGAGAAAACCAGUGAACUGAAUGUAACGAUGCAGCGCAUUGUAAGAAACACAAACGGAUUACUGAUUCUUCAGAUUAUCUCACUGCAAAACCAGAUCUGGGAUUUGGAACAGGCAAAAUCAUCAAGAGGAGAAGCUAGUUUUCAACCUGACAGGAUAAUUCUGGGUCUUCAAGAAAAUCUGAACAGGAAGCUCACUCAGCUACAAAGCACAGGAGAUGCAAGCUCAAUUAUGCUGGAGCUGAUUUCUGUGCACAGCAAGAUCGCAGAGACUGAGAGGUUAAUCGGUGUCCUCAUUGAGCAAUCCAAAACUAAAUCUAUUGAUUACCAGAGACAAUGGAUGCAAAAAGUCAACCUUCUCAGAAAGAAGGUUUUACAGUUAAAUCAUGACGAGAAUAACAUAGAUCUUACCAAGGAAAUUUUUCAACUGCAGACAGAGAUGGAUAAUUUUAGGCAAUUAAUGUUAAAUGCCAAAAACACAACUGACACCAUACUUGAAGAGCAAAGAGUUAAUUUGGAGGUGUGGAAGAAACAGCAAGAAAACUUGCAGGAACAACUGCAGAAAGCAGAUUACGCACAGGCACAACGGAUCAUGAAUAUUAUCACCAUAAUGAAAGAGGUGAGAGGGCUGAAGGUGGAUGAACAAGACCAGACAACAUCAACAAAGAGUAAAUGCUCUGGAAUUGAGCUAAUGUAUGCGGGGGUAAAGACUGAAUUUGAACAGAACAUUGCAGAAUUGAAGAGAGCCGGAGACUCCAAAGCAGCACUCAUUCUGAACAUGAUAAACCUGCACAAUGAGCUGAAGACGCUGAAGAAACAGAUCUCCACCACAGACGACCCAGAGACGAUCUCAGUGCUGCAGAGGCAGCUGGAAAAGAUGCAAAAUGACCUGAACUCCAAGACUGCAGACAUAAAGAGACUUAUUGCAAACCCCCAAUCAAUUUUAACAAUCAUUGAGCUGCACAACGAGAUAUGGGACCUUCAGAAAAAGGCUGCCAAUGAUACCACUAGAGGCCAUAUAAAAGAGUUGCAAAACCGAGUGAAUGCUCUUAUCACUGAAAUAGGUGGCAAAGGCGAUGAAAACACAAAACUGAUACUGAAAAUCAUAACGCUGCAGAGUCAGGUGGAGCAAUUGCAGGGGCAGUUGUCAGACCUCCAGAUGUUGCAAACCAGUGAAGCAAGACAGCUCAAAAAUGAUCUGACGACAACGAAGGAAGAGCUGCAGAAAAAUAUCAACAAGCUGAAUGAGAAUAAUCAGACAAAUUCCAGACUGAUUCUGACAGUCACUAAUCUACAAAACCAACUCAGAAUCCUAGAAAAUGAGCGGCGCAUUGAUGACAGAACAUCAUCUCUGACAAUUACUCAGCUGAGGACACAACUGAAGGAAAAAAUGGAGAAGCAUUCUCAUGACCAAGCUGUGAUCAAGGAGCUGCAGAGGAAACUGCAAUCAAAGAAUGGAGAAUGCUCUGGACUUGAAGAAAAUCAGUAUCAGUACCUUAAGACUGAAUUUGAAGAGAAGAUUGCAGAACUGAAAAGAGCCGGAGACUCCAAAGCAGCACUCAUUCUGAAAGUCAUAAACCUGCAUGAUGAGCUGAAGACGCUGAAGAAACUGAUCUCCACCACAAAUGACCUAGAGACAAUCUCAGCGCUGCAGAGGCAACUGGAGGAAAGGCAACUGAACUUGAACUCCACGACUACAGACAUAGAGAGACUGAUUGCAAACCCCAAAACAAUUUUAACAAUUAUCGAAGUGCAGAAUGAAAUAUGGGACCUUGAGAAAAAGCCUGCCAAUGAGACCAAUAGUGAACAUCUAAAAGAGCUUCAAGACAGAGUGGAUGGCCUUAUCACUGAAAUAGACGAAAAUGAAAGCACAAAACUUUUACUGAAAAUCAUAACGCUGCAGAGUCAGGUGGAGCAUCUGCUGAAACAGUUGUCAGAACAUCAGGAGGGUCAAAACACUCAGACAACCCAGCUCAAUAAUGAUCUUAGUACCAAGAAUGAAGAGCUGCAGAAAAUGAUCAACGAUCUGAAUGAGAAGCAUCAAAAAAAUGCUGCGUUGAUCCUGACAGUCACCGAUCUGCAAAAACAACUCAAAAACCUAGAAGAAGAAAAGUUCAGUGCGGGACAAAAGGAUUCUGCUACAAUUACCAAGCUGAGAGAACAACUGAAGAAAAAAGAGGAGGAGCACACUCAUGAUCAGACUGAGAUCAAGGCUUUGCAGAAUCAGCUGAACCAGACAGAAGCACGGUGUUCCGGUAUUAACCAGAAACUUAACGAGCUGCAGAAUGACCUGGAUGCCAAAAUGAAGGAACUGGAGUCCAAAUCUGACACAGUCGCUUCACUUGCUCUUCAAGUUUCUACUUUAACUGUGCAACUGGAGGAGCUAAAGAGACAACUACAGAACACUCAAUCUGAAACUAAGAUCAAAGAACUUCAAAAAAUUAUAGAUGAGAAAACUAAUGAGCUGGCCAAAAAAACUGAGGAGCUAAAAGCAAAAAGUACUCAAUCACAAAGAAUUCUACAGAUUGUUGCAAUACAAACAGAGAUUGAGAAACUGGUGAAUGUGGCAAAAAAUGAUACAGAUUACGUUAAGAUUGCAGCUCUGGAAGACCAAUUGAAAUAUUUGGUUGAUGGAAUCCAAGAUGAAAACAAUGAAAAUACUAAACUGAUGUUCAAAAUCUUGGCUCAACAAGAUGAAAUAGCGAGGCUGAAGAAACAAGAAGAGAGUCAGAUAAAAGCAGACUUGCAGAAAAUUAAAGUUCUGGAGAAUGAACUGGACGACAUCAGAAAUCAGAUCAAAGAAAAGACGAUUCUGAUAGGCUCAAGUGACACAAGGAUUUCUGACUUGACGGCUCAGAUUUUGGAACUUCAGAGGAAAAUCAAACCACUGGAGGAUGAGAUAUUAACCCUAAAAGAAGAAAACGCUGAGAAGACCAAAGAGCUCCAAGAGAGACUGGAUUUGUCAAAGAAGCAACUGCAAGACAGUGAACUUCUACUCAAAGAAGCAGACACAAAGAACUUUAACAUGAUCAUGGAGAUUGCUGAUCUGAGGACAAAACUGAAAAAGGCUCAGAGAGAAGCAUCCAAAGCUGCUAAAAAAAAUAUUGACGAAUUGGAGCAACAAAUACAAACACAACAAGCAGAGAUUGAACAACUUGAGAAAACAAAUAAAGACUUAAAGCAAGAGGUCGAGGAACUGAAAACGUGUCGAAAUGAUGUCAACGCCCAGUGUACGGAUAUACAAACUAAACUGGAACAGAGCCAGGAGGAUGCAAAUCGCAUAGAACAGCAGCUGCAUGAGAAGGAGAACAUACUCCAAGAGCAGCUGCAGCAGCUACAGGAUCUGGCCUUGGAACAUAACAACCUGCAGAAUGAAUACAGCAAUUUAGAGAACAAACAGCAUCAGACCCAGAAGUUUGCAGAUGAUCUAAAACAGCAGCUGGUUGACAAAGAUGGCAACCUCAACCAGCUCGAGCAGGAGUUAGAAGAACAGAGAAGGGAGAAUAAACGACUUGAGGACGAAAACAACCGUCUUCAGAACAAACUGAACUUUGUGGAAGAUAAGACAAUCCAUCCUGAGAGGAUUACCUUGGAUCCCAACACAGCAAACCCAAGAAUAGUUCUGUCUGCUGAUAACACUGAGAUCAUCACAACUGCAAAUAUACAAAAUAUCCCUGACCAUCCAGACCAAUUUGAUGUGGUUCUUGGUGUUAUGGGAAAGACUGGGUGGUCAACUGGCAGACAUUACUGGGAGGUGUCUGUAGGUGGGCAGCGUUGUUACCACAUUGGGAUGGCCAGUGAAUCUGCUCAAAGAAAGGGAGCGAUAAGAUUCAGUCCAUCAAAUGGUUUCUGGACUAUAAUCCUGAACAAACAGGGUCAGUACAGAGCUAUUGAUGUGACAAAUGCCAUUAUUCCAGUUCAGACGAAGGCUCUUACACUCGGCAUUCUGCUGGACUACAACAAGGGACAGAUCUCGUUUUAUGACGCUGGUGUCAGAUCUCAUAUGUACACAUUUGUGGGUCAGAGCUUUACAGGCAAAAUUUAUCCAUUUAUCAAUAUUUGUGUUGAUGGAGGUCAUACUCCAAUCUACUUACUCACUCCUGGAUCUACUGAGUGGAUAAAAUAAAGAACAGGGAAAGUUCGUUUUUUCCCCCAAAUCUAUGGGCCAUGUAUCUAUAACAGUAAUCCCAGUAUAUAACCCCACUUACUGAUUAAUUCUCACGCAUGCUUAUUACUCCUGCUUAAUGUUUCAGCCAAUAAAACAACAAAUAUACAA